CAAUCCUCGAAACUGUCAAUUAUUUUGCAAGUUAUAUGGUAACAGUUAACGACAUUGGAUGCCUAGUACCUCGAAAAUCUUCUGGUGGAAAUGAACAAAACAUCUUUGGAAUAUUGACAGGGAUGGAUUCUUUCUUUGAUAAUGCAUUCGCUGCGUUGUGA